AUGGCAGGCACAACCAAGGUCGCAGUGGUUCUGGGCAUUGCUCUAGUUUUCCUGCAGGUGUCGUGCGCCGUUUCCGGGCGCCCCACCGUCGCACAAGGCGGCAAGUUCGAGCCUCGGCAGAACGUCCCGGCGACGAUGACGGUGAACGGCUUCCAGCAAGGGGAGCCGGGCGGCGGUCCCGCGUCGUGCGACGGCCAGUUCCACAGCGACGACGAGUUCAUAGUGUCGCUGUCGUCGGAGUGGUACGCCGGCGGUGCCCGGUGCGGCAAGUACAUCCGCAUCGCCGACUACGCCAACCUUCACAUAACCGCCAAGGUCGUCGACGAGUGCGCCGGCUGCGACGGCGAGGUGGGCGCGUCCAUCCAUAUCUGGAACAACUUCAGGCUUGACACCAGCGUCGGCCAGGCGGACAUCAAAUGGUCCGACGUGCCGGACGAUGUCUAA